GCCAUCCGACACUGGAAUUCUUGGCGUCUGUGCGAUGUAACGUAUACAAGCAAUGUAAAAAAUACUCUCUUUAAUUAUAACCUCGAGUUGCACAGUACAAUAAGAGUAAUCUACACCGCCAUAGCUCGACCUGAUACUCGUCAUCCAGCCAUUUAGUGAGUUUUUAACGUUUUGGAGGAAUCAUGAAGUUCAACGAGGGUGAAGAGGUCUUCGCCAAGUUGCCAAAUUUGGAAUACUAUCAGAAGGGAAAAAUUAUCGGUAUCAAGGGUGACAAAUACAGCGUACUCCUCGAGGAGGGUGUUGAGGUAAGCAUGCACGAGGAGGAUAUCCAAGCAGACCGUCCGUCUCGCAGUUCGGGAAGAACGCGGGGUCGAGGCAGAAAGAGCCCCUCGCGAAAGUCCCCAAGUCGUUUCUCCCCAAGUCGAAAAUCUCCGAGCAGAAGAUCCCCAAGUCGUCGCUCCCCAGCUCGAUCUCCAACAUCAAAAUUACGAAAAUUGCCGAGAAGAAUCCGGGAAGAUCGAGAGGAGGACAAGGAAUCAUCAAGCGUUAAUUUGAGCGAGACAGAUCAACUGAGUGAAUUAUUGCCCCUGCAGUCGCGUAUGAGAGAGCCGCCAACAGCAACUAGAAGAUCCACUCGAAUAUCGGCAAUGAAAACUGAUCGAGUGAUUCCCACACGAUCGAUCGACCGUGCGCUCUCACUACCAGUGGAGAGGAAAAUCACUUACGAUUACCUGACUGAUGUGAAGGAGAGGGGAUUUUCAGUGCAGAGAGACCAGGACCUCCAGAAGCUGCUGCACUACGAGGAGGAGGCUCUUCCCGAUUCCUCCACGACAGUGGAAAAAUUUAAAAAAACCAAGGAACUCGAACUCAUUGCUAAACCCCAGGAAUGGGCAGGCUGGAUAGGAGCCCUCAUCCUUACUGUCGUUCUCCCAAUUUCAAUUAUUCUCCCACAAGUUGCCUGCCACAACAACAAGUGCAGUAACACUGACUUUCGAUUGCCCAUGAAGUGGCAAGUGUACUUGAAUUUACAAGCCACACUGUACUACCUUGGGUUUAUUAUUUUCGUGGGGAUGAUGUCGUUACUGCCCAUUGGAAAAAUCGUCGAUGGACAGGAGAACAAAAUUGGACGACUGCAAUAUCAUGUCAAUGGCUGGAUGACUGCAAUUAUUUCUCUCAUUAUUCUCAUUACGUGUGAAUAUCAAUCACUUCGUAUCUGUGAUUACAUCCUGGCAUCUGCCCUCAAGCUGGCUGUCAGUGGGUGGAUAAUUGGAACUGCAAUAGCCAUAUUAUUGUUUAUUAAGGCUGAAAGUGCACCUGUGGCUGCUCUCAAUAUUUAUGGCUCCACCAAUAAUCUCAUUUAUGACUUCUGGCAGGGGAGGGAGAUCAAUCCAAGGAUUGGAGGGAUUGAUUUUAAAAUGAUUCUUGUGAGAGCUGCGGUUAUUGGAGCCCUCAUCAUCAACACUGCAAUCGUUAGCCAGGCAAUUGGAAGAUUUGAUCUUGAUGCUUUGAGGAAUGUUAAUCCCACGGUUCUGGUUGUCACGGGGAUGCAGAUUAUCUACUGCUUGGAUGCAAUAUUCUACGAGGGGACGUCUUUCACGUCCUUCAGGUUCAUGUAUGAGGGCACUGGGUACAUGACUUGUGUUGCUAAUCUCAUGUAUCCUUUCCUGGUUACUCUCGUCACUAGAUACGUCUUUUACCAAAAUCUGCAAACGUCACCGUAUGUUCUGGCUUCUCUGAGCUUCACGUUCCUCGUAGGAUACAUGAUUUAUCGCAUGAGCAACAAUCAAAAGGACGAGUUCAGGCGAAAUCCGUAUUCUCCUGCAGUUUCGAACUUGGAAACGAUCCUGACGCCUCGAGGAAAGAAACUCAUAAUCUCUGGGCUCUGGGGGCAAGUGAAACACCCCAACUACCUGGGAGAUAUCAUUAUGAACUGGUCAAUGGCUGGGGUAUCAUUGUUCACGCAUCAGAUUGUACCCUACUAUCCUGUAAUUACUCUCACCUUCGUACUCAUGCACAGAGCAUAUCGUGAUCAUGUUCGAUGCAAAACGCGUUAUGGUACAGCGUGGCAUCAGUACUCGUGCCAAGUGAGAUCUCUCAUUUUUAAACGCAUUUAUUGAGCACAGAGUGAAAUAGACACUAAAUUUAUCAGAUCACUGUCACGAGGAGUGUAAAAAAUUGUUAAUACUCUAUUAAUGUCAAGUAAAUACUCUUGAGUCAAUUCAGAAAAUUGAAUUCAGAGGAUUCUGAAUUGAUAUUGACGCCGUUCCAUACGAAUUGUAUAAUUUUGAAUAUUUUUUUACGUUUUAAUCACCGAUGAACAAUUAAAUUUAAUUGUACAAAUUUCGACUUUUUAAAAUUCAGUUUUUCUGUCGCGACGGUGAAAUUACAGACACCCAAUCAAUUUUUAAGAUUGAAAAAUGCAUAAUGAUGAAUGAAAUUAACAACUUUUACAGGUAAAGUUGGAGAUAUUUUUUAAGUUAGUGGUUAAGAGGCGAAUGGAGCAAAACACAUGUCAUUAUGGUGUAAGAUAGACUAAGGAGUUUUAUACCUUCAUAUGUCGCAAUAAGUACCACGUAAAUGGGAUGACUGUAUGAGUAAUUGCAAAUAAAAUUAAUUUUUGGU